GACGUCUCGUCAAGAGCGUCUGAGGCGUCGGUUGCCGUAUUCUGGUGGGCGUACCUGCGUAGUUCUGUGUACAAUGUGGUCGCAACGAACCGUUCUCUAUGGUCUAAGUCUGACAACAAGGUCGUAGAGGAAGUCGAUUUCUCGUGCCAAAUUUUCGUUAAAUUUGUCGUUGGGGUUUUUUUUUUGUAUGAUUCGGGAAGGUUUUGGGUAUAUUGGGAAUUUUCUUGGAGUUUUGAUUGCAGAUAAACAAAGAUCAAUACAAUGCCGCAAGGACCUUCAACGAACCCUUUGAUGAAACCCUUUGUAGUUUUGGCUCUCCCUGGAAUGUAUCUUUUCUACAAGUAUAAUCAAUACAAAAGGAAAAAGAAGGAAAAUGCCAGGAGAAGAUUGACAGAAAAAGAAUUGCAACAUCUCAACAAUAAAAUCGAGAAGUUACUGAACAAACUUGAGGAAAGUGAACCAGAAUUAGCAGGAUGCCAAGAAGAAGAGUGCGUGAUAUGCAUAAACGCGAAAGCUACUAUGGAAACUGUACCAUGUGGUCAUAAGGUAGUGUGUAGAAAGUGUUUCGUAAAAACCAUACAAAUAGCUGUUUCCCAAAGACUUUUACCUCUCAGAUGUGUCAUUUGCAGAGCGAAAGUACUGAGGCUAAGGACAGGCCCGGCACUGCCCUCGUCCGUGAGUGGUUACUCAGUAAACUCAAAGGCAUCCUCUGUUCCUCAAUCCGACAGCCUGUACAGCGUAAGCAGUGGCGGCUCGUCAAUUUCUUCCAAUUCCAGUGCUUCCGAAUGCGGUCCUGGAAACCACAUAGCCAGGGGCGGAGUUGUGGGGGGUUGUUGCGGCGGAAGGUGUUCAGGGGCGUAUCCGAGACAACCGGCUGCAGGUGCGAUAAGAAGGAGUCAGCAGCACUCGUUGAAGAUGCGAAAGCAGGAUUACUGCAGAGCAGAUAACAGGUUGCCUCCUAUAAGAGAAUUGCCUGGACAGAGUCCUAGUCACAAUACACCUCCCGCUUCCACUAGAUUAAGAUGUGCACAAAAAAUCGUAACACAGUUAGAAUCGGUGUCAAUGAUGGGUAAGAAGAAAUACCAGAAAUUACCGCAAGAUGACGAUGGCGAUGAAGAAGAAGAGAGCGAAAAAUCCCUGCUUAUAGAUCGGGACAAAAAAUGGUGGAAGGAUUCAAAAUGGUCAAUAGGAGAGGAUAGGAGUGAAGAGAGAUCUGACAAUAAGAAGAACGAGAUCGUAGAAAAACAGAUGGAAAUGAAAGGGAAAGGAAAAUCUAUUUCAAAAUGCGACAAAGAAAAGGGAAAACUUGCACUGGCAGUUGGAGUAGGAGAGGAAAAAUUCUGAAAUGGAUCGCUUAAACUUUAGAAUAAGAAUGGUUGGAAAGUAUUUGGCAAUAUCAAAUUAAUUUGGAUCAAGUCCUCAUUACUGUGAAAUGUGAUUCAUAACAAAUGUAUCGAUCUUGGAAGAAAUUUUUCAUUUCAAACCUUCAAAGGGCAUAAAAUUUAAUUUUAGGAAUUUUAUUAUGAAUUCUGAUUAUUCACAACACAAGAAAAAAUUUCAAAUUUUCAAACCUUCUCUUAAGUUCUCUUUAUCAGUAAUUUCUAAUUUCUUUAUUGGCAAAUCAAAUUAUGUGAGAUCCGUUCACAUGGAAAUAUAUCAGUAAUAAAUAUUCGCCAAAAAUAUUUCACUUCAGACUCUAUAGUUUAACUCUUGUACACCCAGCUGCAGUAACGUUCAUUCAAAUUUAAUGUCUUCAUUAAAAUUUUAAUCCUCCAAUACGAGUAGCCUAUUGGCUACCUGGCCGUUUAAUGAAGGAUUAAUUAAUUUUAAAGCGGCAUUAAAUUUUAACGAACAUUCCUGCAACUAUGUGCAUCAAAUCAACUAUCUGAAUCUCAUAGUUAAUUUUCUUGUAAUUUUCUUAACUUUUACAUAACUUAAUCAUUUGUACAUUUGAAAUGGAUCAAUUCAUUGGGCUUGAUUCAAAAUGUCAAUUUCUGUCAAUUAUUUCUGAAGCAAAUAAUUUCUCUAAGAUUUUAAUCAACUUUAUAGUGUUCAAUUUUUCUGAUAUUGUAUAUCAAUGUUUUGCAUCGCACAUAAUAUUCAUAUCAUAAUAUUGUUAUUAGAACUUGAGUUCGAAUGCUUUCAUUAUGUAAUAAAGAAUAUUGUUCUUUUUAAUUGAAAGUUAAUCAUCAUGGAUUCCUUAAAAUUGAGAAUAUAAAAUCUAUUAUUUCUCUUUCAUGAUACCAUUAAAUGAUAGCAAUAGUAGAUAAGAUUAUCAUUUUUUGCAUUUAUAUUUAUAUCAGUUUAUAUCAAUGAACACUAUAAAAAUUGAGCAUCUUUGAAUCAGAUGAAUACAUGUGUUUUAUAAGCAAACCACUUCAAUUCAUAAUAUCUAUGCUUACAAUUACAUAUUAAGCUAUUCUGACUCAUAAUAAUCUGUGAUAAAAUAGUUUAUUUGGCCGAAAAGCUUACCUAAAUAUUAUGCAAAUCUUGAGAUGAAUAGCAAAAUCAAAAUGUAAAUUUUGAACGGUUGUGAUUUUUUAUCUUAUCUCGCAUUUAUCUAUCAUACUUCUUGCUUAUUUAGGUAAGCUAUUCAAGUGCCAUACGUAUUCAUUGUUUGUUGUAGCAUAAAAUAUCGUUUUCAUUUCAUAAGAUUCAAAGAGAAUUUUUUGAUUACCAUUAAGGUUUCAUAUGGGGUUGCUGAAGAUCUAUCCACAUAUUACCAUGUUUUUAUGAAAUGAAUAAGUACAAUUUGAUGAACAUCCUGUAUACAUCGUUGAUACCCGAUCCAUUUAGUCAGAAAUCACCCUGUACGAAAACGAACGAUCAAUACGUAGUCUUAGUGAAAAACAUAUCGUUUUACAAUAAAUAAAAAUCAAAAAAUCAAUUAGUGACAUCGGAGGUGUUAUAAUCGAUCUGUUUUCGUAUAGGAUCAAUUGUUUUAAAAUGUUGGCAAUAAAAUUUUAAAGAUUAUUGAUUGAAACAUUUUAGACGUCGCCAUUUGCGAUGUUGCAGACAUAGAGUUUUAGUUUUGUAUUAAUUAAUAGGUGUUGUGAAAACCGAAGUGUUCCUGAAAAAUAUUGAAGGCUCGUUCAGUAAACAAUCCUGCUAAGAUGCAUCAACCGUUGUUAAUUUCUUUGAAAUUUGAUCCCUGUUUUUAUCCUCACUGAAAGUAUGAUACUCCUUGGCCUAUGUGAGAACGUUUAACUUCUCUUAUUACUUAAUACAAUCUCAAUUCAAGUUAAUUCUCUUUAUUGAAACGGUUCCUAACAAUUUUAGUUAUGACCUAGAUAUGUAGGCCACCUGUAAAGAUGCUAAUCAAGUCAAAAUUUGAUAAUUUUUUUUUACCUGUCAGAAAAUUUUUUUUUUUUCAAUCCAGCUUUGCCAAAAAACACUCAAAACUUCACUCGAGCAUAGAGAUUAUAAGGGGUACUUAUUUGCGCAUAAUUUUUUCAAAUUUAUUGAAUAUUGAGUGCUCUUCAAGGCUUUUUUUCAAUAAAAUAUUGUCUUGCAGCAUUAUUUUCUAUCGAAGAUUUUACACAUACCUACUCAUCUCAAUAAAACCUAAUCUAAACGCAGUUUUUAUUGCAUUAAUAUAUUGACUGGGGUAAAAUGUUUUACUUUACCUCUUUCAUAGACGAAACUGUGUCAUUUUUGAUAACAUCUACCUUCAAAAUCCCUUGCAUUAAUAAUAUUAUCGUGCUUAAUUUUAUGUUGGUAGUUGCAAAAUGGUGAAUGCGCUUAUAUUUCAAAUUACUACUCAAAUGAGCAUCAAAAUUGUCAAACGUGCUUUCGAGAAGUAUCAGAUUAAAGAAGAGUUACUUCUUCCUGGAAAAAAGUUAUUCUCAUAAAAAAGAACGUGAAUACUUAUCAUGAGUUACUUUUUUAGACGCUGAUAAUAUACUUUUUCAGUUCCUUUUGAAAGAUAUCUGACAGUAAAUAAGAUACCUCAAGAUAUUUGAGUACCUAACUCUAACGUAACUCAGAUCCUUUUUAUGAAAUAUCUCAUAAUGGAGAGGCUGACUCACAUAAUAUAACUUUUUAUGCAAAAUGUGUUAUUUUUCGUAUUUGAUACAAGUUUUCAGAGUGUUGUAUUGAAAAAUUCGAUAUUAUGGACUGAUGCAUCAUGAGAAUCAAUAUUUUUCAACCAAUUAUCACUGCGGAAAAUUGUGGUUACAAUAAAUAGAUUAUGAAGA